UUGCAGUUCAGCACUUUCGAUUGGUUGGUAACUGAUAUAUAUCAUUUACAGUUUUUCUACAGAAUUCUGCCAACAGAAUCUUUGGAUCAAUAUCAUCUUCCUUCUCCCAAAAAAGCCAGUGUUAAGAACUCCAACCUUAAAUAUGAAGAAUCAGAGUUGGCAGACCUUCUCAAACUGAUAGACUGGCCUUCACCUCCAUCUUCCAUUACCAACUUCAGUCUUUCCACCAACCCCAAGCAGUGCUGGUAUGAGCUGAUGAAUCCACGUUCCAUAUACAGCAUUGGAGAAACAUUAGAAGUUCUUAUCACAGCCAAAGAUCACUAUGGAAAGCUUAAGUCCUAUGGUGGGGACUUCUUCCAAGCCAAGCUUCAUUCCAGAAAGGUUAAAGCUGGGGUCACAGGACAUGUAAAGGAUCUUAACAAUGGCACCUAUUUAGCAACAUUUCUUCUUCCAUGGGAAGGGGAGGCCCAGGUGAACAUCCGGUUGAUUCACUCAAGCGAGGCUGUGUGUGUCCUGAAGAACAAACGAGAAAGCCAUCCAGAAAAGGUGUAUUUUAAUGGAUAUUUUCAUUUUAAUGGGAGCAGUGAAGUAAAAGAGUGUAACAUUGCAGUCCGAGGAGGAGACGUAUGUAACUACAGUGAUCCUGUGACUGGGGACCCCUGGCAGUGCUUAAAACCCCAGAAGAUGCCAUGCGACUCAUUGGUCUAUCACUCCAUGGGCGGGUACCGCACAGUCACCAACUCACUGGAGGAUUCUUUUUUCAGAAGAUCUGUCACUGCUCAGAAUAUUAAAGGAGCUUUUACUUCAAUCAAGAUAGAGCCAGCCACCAACUCUACUGGUCUCACAUCUAGACUUCAAGUCUGUUCUCCUGGCCAGGAACCAAGUCAACCUUCUGGGUUUUAUUAUAAUGACAUCUGGACAUCGUUGGUCUGUCUGGGGAGACAUUUUCCCAGUCCAUCUGAUGCUCGUGACUGCCUUAAAGGGAAGGACAUACACAUGUUUGGGGAUUCCACUCUACGUCAGUGGUUUGAGUAUCUGGAAAGAUUCAUACCAACUCUAAAAAGAAUUGAUCUGCAUGUAAAUUACCAGUCUGGCCCCUUGCUAGCUGUGGAUCCAGACGUUGGCCUGGUGAUGAGAUGGCGGGCACAUGGAAAGCCUCUGCGCACUGCCAAGACUAUGAUCUCUGACCUGCACUAUGAGGCAGCCCAUCUGUAUGGGAUUGGUGGUGGACCACAAACUGUCGUGGUCUUUACACUGUGGGCCCACUUCACCACAUACCCAGUCAGUGUAUAUAUACAGAGGUUGUUUAGGUUACGGAGGGCGAUUUCCUCUCUGCUUUUCCGGAGUCCUAAGACCACUGUGCUGAUUAAGUCGGCUAACACUGGCUACAAAUCGAUUUAUGGCAGCGACUGGCUCUCCCUUCAGCUGGACAUUUUACUCAGAGCUAUCUUCAAGGGCAUGGCUGUAACUAUCCUGGAUGUUUGGGACAUGACCUCCUGCCAUUACCUUCCUGAUAAUAUCCACCCAGGAGCUCCAGUUAUCAGAAACGAAGUGGACCUCAUGUUGUCCUAUAUCUGCCCCAAAUGAGCUCAUACAGGCAUUUAGAUCCAAAACUAAAACAAACUUUUUGAGGCCUUCCAUUAUACACAGUCUAAGCUGUUACUGUGGUACCACAGUAUCUUCCCAGAGACUAUUAUCCACUAUUACUAUAGGCACCAUCUCUCCCUACUAUACCUGCUAUCCCACAGUCAC